AUGGAUUCUGUGCCACGGCUGACCGGCGUCUUCACUUUGCUGCUCUCCGGCUUGUGGCAUUUGGGAUCGUCGGCGACCAACUACAACUGUGAUGACCCGUUAGCGUCCCUGCUCUCUCCGAUGGCUUUUUCCAGUUCCUCAGACCUCACGGGUACUCACAGCCCAGCUCAACUCAACCGAAGAGUUGGAACUGGCGGUUGGUCCCCAGCAGAUUCCAAUGCUCAACAGUGGCUCCAGAUGGACCUGGGAAACAGAGUGGAGAUUACAGCAGUGGCCACGCAGGGAAGAUACGGAAGCUCUGACUGGGUGACGAGUUACAGCCUGAUGUUCAGUGACACAGGACGCAACUGGAAACAGUACAAGCAAGAAGACAGCAUCUGGACCUUUGCAGGAAACAUGAAUGCUGACAGUGUGAUGCACCACAAGUUACUGCACUCAGUGAGAGCCCGCUUCGUUCGCUUUGUGCCCCUAGAAUGGAAUCCAAGUGGAAAGAUUGGCAUGAGAGUGGAGGUCUAUGGAUGCUCCUAUAAAUCAGAUGUCGCUGACUUUGAUGGCCGAAGCUCCCUUCUGUAUAGGUUCAAUCAGAAGCUGAUGAGCACUCUUAAAGAUGUGAUCUCUCUGAAGUUCAAGAGCAUGCAAGGAGAUGGGGUUCUGUUUCAUGGAGAAGGUCAACGUGGAGACCACAUCACUCUGGAGCUCCAGAAGGGGAGGCUCGCCCUGCACCUCAAUUUGGAUGACAGCAAACCUCGCCUCAGCAGCAGCCCACCCUCGGUCACCCUAGGCAGUCUGUUGGACGACCAGCAGUGGCACUCAGUCCUAAUCGAGCGGGUUGGCAAGCAGGUGAACUUCUCUGUGGACAAGCACACACAGCACUUUCGCACCAAGGGUGAAGCAGAUGCCUUAGACAUCGACUAUGAGCUUAGUUUUGGAGGAAUUCCAGUACCAGGCAAACCUGGGACCUUUUUAAAGAAAAACUUUCAUGGAUGUAUUGAAAACCUUUACUACAAUGGAGUAAACAUAAUUGACCUGGCUAAGAGACGAAAGCAUCAGAUCUACACUGGCAAUGUCACUUUUUCCUGCUCUGAACCACAAAUUGUUCCCAUCACAUUUGUCAACUCCAGCAGCAGUUACUUGCUGCUGCCCGGCACCCCCCAAAUUGAUGGGCUCUCAGUGAGUUUCCAGUUUCGAACAUGGAACAAGGAUGGUCUGCUUCUGUCCACAGAGCUGUCUGAGGGCUCGGGGACCCUGCUGCUGAGCCUGGAGGGUGGAACCGUGAGACUUGUGAUUCAGAAAAUGACUGAACGCACAGCUGAAAUCCUCACAGGCAGCAGCUUGAAUGAUGGCUUGUGGCAUUCAGUUAGCAUCAACGCCAGAAGGGACCGCAUCACUCUCUCUCUGGAUAAUGAUGCAGCAUCCCCGGCCCAGGAUACUACCCGUGUACAGAUCUAUUCUGGAAAUAGCUACUACUUUGGAGGGUGCCCCGACAAUCUCACCGAUUCCCAAUGUUUAAAUCCCAUUAAGGCUUUCCAAGGCUGCAUGAGGCUCAUCUUUAUUGAUAACCAGCCCAAGGACCUCAUUUCAGUUCAGCAAGGUUCCCUGGGGAAUUUUAGUGAUUUACACAUUGAUCUGUGUAGCAUCAAAGACAGGUGUUUGCCGAACUACUGUGAACACGGAGGAUUCUGCUCACAGUCCUGGACUACCUUCUACUGUAACUGCAGUAACACGGGCUAUACUGGUGCCACCUGCCACAACUCUCUGUAUGAGCAAUCCUGCGAGGUAUACAGGCAUCAAGGGAACACAGCUGGCUUCUUCUACAUCGAUUCUGAUGGCAGCGGGCCAUUGGGACCCCUCCAAGUGUACUGCAACAUCACAGAGGACAAGAUUUGGACAUCAGUGCAGCACAACAAUACAGAGCUGACCCAUGUGCGGGGCGCCAACCCGGAGAAGCCCUACACCAUGGCUUUGGAUUAUGGUGGCAGCAUGGAGCAGCUGGAAGCCAUGAUUGACAGUUCAGAGCACUGUGAACAGGAAGUGGCCUACCAUUGUAGAAGGUCCCGCUUGCUCAACACGCCAGAUGGAACACCGUUUACCUGGUGGAUUGGGCGGUCCAAUGAAAAGCACCCUUAUUGGGGAGGUGCCCCACCUGGGGUUCAGCAGUGUGAAUGUGGCCUAGAUGAGAGUUGCCUUGAUGUUCGACACUUCUGCAAUUGUGAUGCUGACAAAGAUGAAUGGACAAACGAUACUGGCUUUCUUUCCUUCAAAGACCACUUGCCUGUCACUCAGAUAGUUAUCACCGAUACCAACAGAUCAAACUCAGAAGCUGCUUGGAGAAUUGGUCCCUUGCGUUGCUAUGGAGACCGGCACUUCUGGAAUGCGGUAUCAUUUUAUACAGAAGCUUCUUACCUCCACUUUCCUACCUUCCAUGCGGAAUUCAGUGCCGAUAUUUCUUUCUUCUUUAAAACUACGGCUUUAUCGGGCGUUUUUCUAGAAAACCUUGGCAUUAAAGACUUCAUCCGACUUGAAAUAAGCUCUCCAUCUGAGAUCACUUUUGCCAUUGAUGUUGGAAAUGGCCCUGUAGAGCUCAUAGUUCACUCUCCUUCUCUUCUGAAUGACAACCAAUGGCAUUACAUCCGGGCUGAGAGGAAUCUCAAGGAGACUUCACUCCAGGUGGACAGCCUCCCGAGGAUGACCAGGGAGACUUCGGAGGAAGGUCAUUUCCGAUUGCAGCUGAACAGCCAGCUGUUUGUAGGGGGAACAUCAUCAAGGCAGAAAGGCUUCCUAGGAUGCAUACGCUCCUUACACUUGAAUGGGCAGAAACUGGACCUGGAAGAGAGGGCAAAGGUGACAUCUGGAGUCCGGCCAGGAUGCCCGGGCCAUUGCAGCACUUAUGGUAGCAUUUGUCACAAUGGGGGCAAAUGUGUGGAGAAGUACAGUGGAUACUUCUGUGAUUGCACCAAUUCACCAUAUGAAGGGCCCUUUUGCAAAAAAGAGGUUUCUGCUGUUUUUGAGGCUGGCACUUCAGUUACUUAUAUGUUUCAGGAACCCUACCCAGUGACCAAAAAUAUAAGCCUCUCAUCCUCAGCGAUUUACGCAGAUGCGGCUCCAUCCAAGGAAAAUAUUGCAUUUAGCUUUGUGACAGCCCAGGCACCCAGCCUCUUGCUCUACAUCAAUUCUUCUCAGGAUUACCUGGCUGUCCUGCUCUGCAAGAAUGGAAGCUUACAGGUUCGCUAUCAGCUAAGCAAGGAAGAAACCCAAGUUUUCAAUAUUGAUGCAGAGAACUUUGCCAACAGAAGGAUGCACCAUUUGAAGAUUAACCGGGAAGGAAGAGAGCUUGCUAUUCAGGUAGAUCAUCAACUGAGACUCAGUUAUAACUUCUCCUCAGAAGUUGAAUUCAGGGCCAUACGGUCACUCACCUUGGGCAAAGUCAGAGAGCAUCUUGGAUUGGAUUCUGAAAUUGCCAAAGCCAACACCCUGGGUUUUGUUGGAUGCCUGUCUUCAGUCCAGUAUAACCAGGUAGCACCCUUGAAGGCAGCCCUGCGUCAUGCCACCAUUGCACCUGUGACUGUCCAAGGGACCCUGAUGGAAUCCAGCUGUGGCUCCAUGGUGGAUGUGGAUGUGAAUACAGUGACCACGGUGCACUCUUCAUCAGAUCCCUUUGGGAAGACAGAUGAGCGAGAACCACUCACCAAUGCAGUUCGAAGUGACUCAGCUGUCAUUGGAGGAGUAAUAGCGGUGGUGAUAUUCAUCAUCUUCUCUAUCAUCGGCAUCAUGACCCGGUUCCUUUACCAGCAUAAGCAGUCACACCGUACUAACCAGAUGAAGGAGAAGGAAUACCCAGAAAAUUUGGACAGUUCCUUUAGAAAUGACAUUGACUUGCAAAACACAGUGAGCGAAUGUAAGCGGGAAUAUUUCAUCUGA